AUGGCCUCGAUUAGAUUCUUGCAGAGAUUCAAGACUUUUCCGCGCCUCGAUAGGCGAGGAGCCUAUGCCCUUCUUGCCGGUUUCGUCGGCGGAGCUGCAGGCGGAACCUUUCUCAAAUUGAAGAAACUCGAAGAUGCAAAGGAGCAUAUCGUUGCUUAUGCCGAAGGGCGAGAGCAAUUGUCGCGUAAAGCAUCGAUUUUAGACAAAGGUGCAGAAUUAGUGCAGAGCUUUAAACCAAUCGAUCAGAUUCACCAACAUCUGUGUGGUUUUCAGUUUUAUUCACAUG